AUGGCAUCUCCUACUGAAGCCAGUUCUCACAGGUUCUCUGGUCAAAUCUUUAGGGAUCCUGGAGCAAUAUCAGCUCUCAAGAAGUGCCUGUACAGUUUUAAAAUCAUCAUGAUAGGUGACGGUAAUGUGGGCAAGUCAUGCAUGCUGUAUCGAUACAUAAAUGGCUUGUUUCCAGAGAAAAUAUACUGUACCAUGGGAGCGGACUUCAGAAAUCACAUCCUAGAGGUGGAGCCGAGUGUGAGAGUACAGCUACAGAUUUGGGAUACAACCGGUAAUGAAGCGUUUUGGAAGCAUCAGCUUGUCCAGCUUCACAUUCCUUAUUCAGCUGGAUGCCUGCUGGUAUUUGACCUGGGCAAUCGUGAGUCUUUCAGAGUCAUUGAGCGUCAGUACACAGAGGUGUGUAAUAGAGUGAAUCCAUACACUGUCCUUUUUGUACUUGUGGGACACAAGUGUGAAAGAAAAGAGCGAGAAGUGAAUCAAGAGGAGGUGGAACAGUGCGCAAGUGCAUUGGGAGCGCCAUACAUCGAGGCCUCGGCUAGAACGGGUCACAAUGUGGCAGAAGCUUUUGAGCUGUUGACCCGACGCAUUUAUCAGGGCUAUCUGAGUGGAGAGGUAAGCUUGCAUGAAAGAUGGGGCAAGAUCCAUGAAAACAAGACCAACAAGGAUGAGCCAGUUGAAAACAGCAAAUGCUGUGUUUCAUAA